UGCCCAUUCCAAAUUCCGGCCCUGGGCGGGCACUAAUCCGCAGCAGGUUGGACCCCGGGCAGGCUCUGGGUGAAAAACAGCGUGCCCGCCGGCAGUGCAAAAGCAGACUCGCGAGCGGACCAUGCGGCUAGACCGACUGCGCGCGCUGCCGAGCGCUGUGGCCUGUGGGCUCCUGCUUCUGCUCGUCGGGGCCCAGGGCCAGGACUCUGCCAGCCCCAUCUGGACCACGCACAUGGGGCAGGUGCGGGGGAGCCUCAUCCAUGUGAAGGGCAGUGACGUGGGGGUCCAUGCCAUUCUGGGAAUCCCCUUUGCGAAGCCACCUCUAGGGCCGCUGCGAUUUGCACCCCCUGAACCUCCUGAAUCCUGGAGUGGCGUGAGGGAUGGAACCUCCCACCCGGCCAUGUGUCUGCAGAGCCUCACUUCAAUGAAUUCAGAGUCUCUGGGCCUGACCCUGCCUCCCACCCCCAUGUCUGAGAACUGCCUAUACCUCAACGUCUACACACCUGCACAUGCCCAUGAGGGCUCUAACCUGCCUGUGAUGGUAUGGAUCCAUGGUGGUGCACUUGUUAAGGGCAUGGCUUCCAUGUACGAUGGCUCCAUGCUGGCAGCCUUUGAGGAUGUGGUAGUGGUCAUUAUCCAGUACCGCCUGGGUGUCCUGGGCUUCUUCAGCACUGGAGACAAGCACGCAACUGGCAACUGGGGCUACCUCGACCAAGUGGCCGCGCUACGCUGGGUGCAGCAGAAUAUCGCCUACUUUGGAGGCAACCCUGACCGUGUCACCAUUUUUGGCGAGUCUGCGGGUGGCACGAGUGUAUCCUCACAUGUCGUGUCCCCCAUGUCCCAAGGACUCUUCCAUGGUGCCAUCAUGCAGAGUGGUGUGGCCCUGCUGCCCGACCUCAUCACCAGCUCAUCUGAUGUGAUCUCCUCAAUCGUGGCCAACCUGUCUUCCUGUAACCAGAUUGACUCAGAGGCCCGGGUAGGCUGCCUGCGGGGCAAGAGUGAAGAGGAGAUUCUGGCUGUUAACAAGCACUUCAAGUUCAUCCCAGGCAUGGUGGAUGGGGCCUUCCUGCCCAGGCACCCCCAGGAGCUCUUGGCGUCUGACGACUUUCAACCUGUCCCCAGCAUCAUUGGUGUCAAUAACGAUGAGUAUGGCUGGAUCAUCCCCAUGGUCAUGGGCGUCUGUAACACCCAGAUGGAAAUAGACAGAGAAGCCUUGCAAGCUGCUUUGCAGAAAACGUCAGAACAAAUGAUGUUGCCUCCUGAAUUUGGUGACCUGUUGAUGGAGGAGUACACGGGGAACAGUGAGGACCCCCAGAUUCUCCAAGCCCAGUUCCGGGAGAUGAUGGGGGACUUCAUGUUCAUCAUCCCAGCACUUCAAGUAGCGUAUUUUCAGCGUUCCCAUGCGCCUGUCUACUUCUACAAGUUCCAGCAUCAGCCCAGCUUCUUUAAGAACAUCAGGCCACCCUACGUGAAGGCAGACCAUGGAGAUGAGAUUCCCUUUGUUUUUGGAAGCUUGUUCUGGAACAGCAACGUUAAAGUCACUGAGGAGGAGGAGCUGCUGAUCAGGAAAGUGAUGAAGUACUGGGCCAACUUUGCUCGAAAUGGGGACCCCAAUGGCGAGGGACUGCCCCUCUGGCCCAAGUUCGACCAGGAAGAGCAAUACCUGCAGCUAGAUUUACAGCCUGCAGUGGGCCGGGACCUGAAGGCACACAGGCUCCAGUUCUGGAUGAAGAGCCUGCCCCAGAAGAUCCAGGAGCUGAAGGAUGCCGAGAAGAAGCACACAGAGCUGUAG